AUGAAAUCUUUUUCUACAAGGGCACAGACUGCCUUGAGGUUUGCGGAGUCGUUUGGGCUCGAACUGAAAACUGUUGUUGUUGUGGAAAAAAGUCAGGCAUCACCCACACACUAAAACCAUAGGGGCAUCAGGGUCAGGUGGGAACAGCCUCUACUGAGGCAUCUGCUACUACAGGAUUUGAAGCCCUUUCAGAUGAUGAAAAAGCAAAGGUUGAAAGGGUCCUUUUCCUUCUAGACAAAUUCUGUGUAGGAGACUUGUUCUACCACGAACUUACCAUGGUCCUGGAUGGCUUGCCCAAGUCAUACCUGGUCAAACAAAGGAGGGACCAGUUGAACAGCAUUUGCCACAUCACCUGCACUCCUGGUUCCACUGAAGGAGCACAAAUGGUGUUUACUGAUCUCCUCCGAGAAUGGAUCAAAGACUGCUUGGCAAGCCACCCAGGUGACCAAGGCAAACCAGUUAAAGUCAAGAUCUCAAGGGAUGGAGCAAGAAUGACAAACUCUACUUUCAUUUUACUGAGUUUUGCACUUUUGCAAGCUGGAAAUGAUGUUAUGUCUUCAAAAGGGAAUCACACAAAUGCCGUUGCAAAAGGGAAAGAAGACUAUCAAACGAUGCAAACAUCCUCUGCAAAUGUCUUCCAGGACAUUAAUUCUGUAAUAAAUAAAGAGAAAAUUGUAAUUGAUGGGAUAACAAUUGAUCUUGAAUUUUUCUUGGGGGUGAUUACAAGUUUAUUUUACUAA